AUGACGGCAAUGCCUGCGCUCUCGCGUCUCCGCCCUUCACCCAUCCUCACCACUCAGCAGCUUUAUUCUCGCCCAGCAAAGAGGACCCCGAGAGUGAGACCAAGAAGCCCCCUCCAAUGCUCCCCCAGGGCCCCAAGACCCGACUCAGUCGUCCAGCAGGAGCCCCCAACUGCAACGACACAACGGGUCCCUCCCACCUGGUGCACCCUGGGCCUCGGAGCUGGAGAAUGGGACCCCAAAAAUAGUGUGGAAUUUGCCUUCGGCCGGCGCCUAAGUAUUAGUGCGGUAUACCUACUGCGUAGGCCACCCGUACCCAGGAACGGUAGGGACAAGGUCCCUAGAGAGGUUCCGUGCUCUUGGGGCUUGGGAUUCCAAUCCUCCCCGGACACUCAACCCGGAAUGGCCGCCCUACAGCCCAGCGAGGGAGUCAAGCUUCGCCAUGGAGGAAAGGACGUGCUCGUGCUGCGACGUGCCUCUGGUGUCAUGCUGUGCGUGCGGCGUGAUAAUGGCCAUGUACGAUGUCCCACGAUGGAGAUGGCGUGA